ACCUGUCUGGAAUGCGGUAAAGAAUUAGUAAAGGAGGUGAUCGUUAGAUACACAAAGGCAGCGCUCAUUUUAAACUCCGUGUAUGAGUAGACAGUUUGUAUGAAACCAUUUUCUGUGUUUUACGGUCUAGACGGAGCAACAACUCAAGAUGGCAAAGAGAAAAGCUGCUGGAGCCUCCACGGAGACCAGACGGAGACGGUGGUGGCAUCUGAGACAGAGAUGGAGGAUGCUAGGAGUUUUUGAGAUCAACCCUGAGCACGAGUUUUACCACCUCACGGCCAAGAUCAAAGAGGGCAUGCAGGCAGCUAUUCAGACCACCGUGGACUCACCUGUACAGAAUACACUCACAGCUGAACAUUUCAAGGCGGAGGAAACUCACACUCAUGAGGGUUUUGAGAUGCAGACGUUUGCUGCACCUGUGUUUGCUAAACUGAGACAUUCACUGGACAUCCCAGAGGAGGAUUACAUGAAGUCCCUCUGCUCAGACAGCUGCUACCUUCAGUUUGUCAGCAACUCCAAGAGCAAGGCCAAUUUCUUCGUCACGAAUGACAAGAGAUACUUUCUGAAGACGCAGAGCGGGCGAGAGGUCCGGUUCCUGCUGUCCAACCUGCAGGCAUACAUGGACCACCUGGACAAAUACCCUCAUUCACUCCUCGUGAGAUUCUUGGGUGUUCACAGGAUUAUAAUCCCAAAUGAAGAAAAGAAGUACUUUAUCGUGAUGCAGAGUGUCUUCUACCCCGAUGAGAGGAUCAACAUUAGAUACGACAUCAAAGGGUGUGAGGUCGGUCGAUGGACAAACCCCGACACAGGAGGGAAACAGAUCAUCAAAGUGCUGAAGGACAAUAACUUUGAAGGGCAGUCCAUCGCAUUAGAUCAGGGGAAAUCUUGGUUCAACAGGCAAGUGAAAGAAGACGCUGCGUUCCUUCAGGGGCUCAACGUCCUGGACUACAGCCUCCUGGUGGCUCAUCAGCCUCUGCACAGAGACGAGCUGGAAGGGAAACACUCUCUGGCCAACCUUGUUGUUCGCACCACAAAGUCUUUCGACUUUGAUGAAAGUCCAACGUAUGAAGACCCCCCCACUGCCCCAUUACUGGAGGAGACAGCAGAUGCUGCAGAGCGUGAGAGCGGGCAGCCUCAGGCAGCAGCAGGUGAGGGCUCAGCUGAGGAGAUCCCCCUCCAGGAGAUGGACAGCUCUGUGAGAAAGAACAGGAGUGACUCAGAACUGGAGGACUUCCAGGAGCAUCAUUGUAGGCUACUCCCAAACUGCAAAAAUGCUGUUCACGUGAUCGACGGGCCGGAUCGUCGCUACUUUGUGGGCAUCAUAGACGUUUUCACCGUCUACGGCUGGAAGAAAAAACUGGAGGGUCUGUGGAAAAGUCUCCGCUUCCCGGGCAGAGCCUUUUCUACUGUCAGCCCUGAGAAAUACUCACGCAGGUUCUGCCAGUGGAUACAGGCCCACACUCAGUGACAAAAUCCACAAUCCCUUAGUGUCCUUCAGAGGUGCUGUGAGACAUCUGGGUUCUGAUCGUUUUACAGGAGCAGCUCACAUCUCUGAAGGGUGUCUUACUUUUGUAUGUACAGUAGAUACAGUUUGCUCAUGAUCCUGAUCGCCUGUUUGGGCAGAAAUGCUCUGGUACCUUAUGCUCUACGCCGAGAGGGAGAACAGUUUGUGGGAGGGAUGUUGGGGGUUUCUCACAGGUUUUUACAGUUGCCAAACCAGGAAGUGAUUGAAUAGUAUAUAGGAUGAUUCUAAUUGUUCCCCUGUAGAAGGUGGUGGGGGCUGCAGUGAGGAGACACGCCCUCUUUAGUCUCUGUUGAGCAUUUUUUAAUUAUGGUUUCAAUUUUAAAAGGCAAGGUUCUCUGCUAGUUACACAGCCAGGACGUUGAUGUUACUGACCGUCUUCACAGCGCCACUAAAGAUACAUACUGUAUGACCAUGAACUGAAACUCUUUAACAAAGUUGUUUAUGUGUCACUGACUCAAACAACAAUUCAAAAAUAUUUUAUUGAUCCUUUUCAUUUUCUAAAAAUCAGGAGAAAGAAUUCUCAGUUUGAACUUUACUUUUAUGCAACAUGUUGAGGGAAUAAAUACAAAAUAAAGAUGAGAAGCUAGUUUCAGUUAUUGAGCUGAAAAGUCUGUGUUUUUUGUUUUUAUUUUUAUUUUUAUUAAAGAUUGAUGCACUUUUUGUUAAAAAAAAAACUUGGAAGUUAAUGUGUUACAUCAGUAAGUUAUUCAGAUUUAAUAUGAAAGAAAACAGCUUAACAAUAACAGACAACCGUAAGGUUAAAAACGUAGCUUCUUCUGUAAAUAAUAUAUAUGCCAUAUCUAUUGAAUUCAUAAAUAUACAAAAUGUCUUGUGAUAAUAGUUUAUUUGUGUUAAUGCAUUUAUAAAAUGUGCAACAAAACAUGUGUAACUCUUCUCAUGUUGUAUUUAAACAAACAAACUACCUUUCUAUGUUUGUGUUUAAGGCUUUAAUACAUUGAUAAUUUAUUCUGUUUUUUGUUUUUUUGAAGACUGAUUUCAUUUUUAUUUGGACCUUGUCCAGUCGACAUAUACCAUGAUGGAGAUUUGAUUUAGUCUUUGUUGUAUUAGACUGUGACACAUCCAUCCAGAGGAGACGUGCACUCAGUCAGGAAACUUUGACUAUGAAAUGUUUUUGGUUUUUUUGAGUGUGUAAAGAAGUUUAUUCUUUGUGUGCAGUUUAAAGGGGGCAGGACGAUAUAAAAGAAAUGCCUGGGGUGUGUGGGUACUGUAGUGUUGGUGUAAAUUAUUAAAAUAACAUCACAUUUUAUUAACCAGUUCAAUUGUUUUUUAUAUUUUCAGAUUUCAAAUCUUUGUUAAAUUUUUAUGAAUUAAAUUAAAUUAUAUUCAUGUG